AUGUAUUCGACGCUGCUACUCCUGACUCUAGCGGGCUUGCUGAAAGCUCAGAAUACCACUGUGUCCCUGUUGCUACCUUUUGCGGAUUCGCAAAGUCUCCUUGGCUCUAUUGUUGGAGCUGAUGCAUCUGCCACCACGUAUGUGAUCCAGUGCCCUGAACAGAAGCAAAAGAGACAGGUCGCAACAGUGACUGCCACAUCGACGGCAGCUUCAAGCAGUGGCAGUAACAACGACAACUCAGACGAAAAUGACGACUCGCUGUGUGGUAUCCCGUCUCCUGUGACGGUCAUUGAAGGCCCAUCCACAUUGAGCUUCUCCUUGGGGCUCGAAGAUGUAACCAGAGUCGUGGACUGUAAACUUGAAGCCACCACUCAAGCUAUCUGCUCAGGUACCAUCAGCGGGACUGGUGUAACCACCGAUGCCAGCAAUCCAGCCGUGCAGACUGCAACUCUUGCUGGUACAGAUCUUGGUGCUCCGAUAGCUGUCGUCAUCACUGCCGGAGCCGAGAAGCUCAAAUCUUCUGGCUCAUCCUCCUCUUCAGCUUCUUCAUCUUCAUCUCAAUCAGGAGGAUCAUCAGGGGCAAGUGGGACUACAGCAGGCGCUGCAACCGCUACAGGUACAUCGGCUGCAGCAAGUGCAUCGAAAACAGGAGGCGGUAUGCGUCUUGAAGCUGAAUUGACGGUGGGGAUGGUAGGAGCUCUUGCGGUAGGCAUAGCUGCAAUUCUGCUCUAG